AGGUCAUAUGUACUGGGGCGCGUUGAUUGAACAUAGCGCCAAUAUGGCGCCCUGCACACCGCCCCCAGCGGCGCUAUGUGCGAAAAUUUUAGAACAGCGCGAAGAGCAUAGCGGCGUGAAGAAAUGGAGAAUUCAAAAUUGUGACCGUUUACAAACGGUCAAAUUAAAAAAAAAAAUUAAUUUAUUUUUCAACUUUCCUUUUAAAAUCCUUCUCCAUCUCUUUAUUUUUUUACCAUACCCAUUCAAACCUUCUUAUUUCUCCCAAAAUUUUUUACAACUCUUGUUUAUUUUAUACAAUGAAUCCAUUCAACCGGGGCUUCAUUCCUCCUCGAUCUAGUGCGAACCCAAACCAAAGUGCCAAUCCUACUCGUCCCGUGGCACCGGUUCCCACUAGACCCAACCCUUUCGGCUCCGGUUUUCUCGACUACAAUCAACAAAGUCCCGGGUUCAUGAAUCUUUUGAACCAACCGCUAUCAUGGGACCCUAAUCUCUACGGGUGGAACCCAAGUCAAAACAUGGAUGGGAUGGGGUCGUCUCAAGCGUUUGGGUCGGCUCAAGCGUUCGGCUCCCCACUACACGAACCCGAUGUUGUUCCGGAGACGCAACCCGAGGUACCGGAUACGCAACCGGAGACGCAAAAAGGAAAAGGAAAAGCAAAACGGGCACAUAAAAAGAAAGUUGAAACCAACACCCGAACGAAAAAAAAUGUGCAAACGUGGGAGCCCGAAGAGGAGUAUGCGUUAACCCGCGCUUUCAUCGAUGUUUCGGAGGAUCCGGUCGUAGCAAACAAUCAAAGUAAAACCGUAUUUUGGAACCGAAUACGAGAACUCUUUUUCGAGCUCAUGGGUAGGGGAGAAUACCGCCUACCGGACUCUAUAUCGGGGAAGUGGACCGAUAUAAACAAGAAGUGCACAAACUUUCAAACCGUGUACCAACGCUUGUAUUCCGGAUGGAAAAGUGGAAGUAGCGAUGAAGACAUUACGCAAGAGGCAUUGGUCGAGUAUACGGAGGCUAAUGGCCAUUUCCCAUACAUGAAGUGUUGGCAAAUCCUUCGCCAUAGCCCCAAAUGGGCCGUCGUAACUACUCCUAGUGGUCGUUCGGGAAAUACACGGCCAUCAAAGAGGUCCAAAACAAACGAUUCCGGUGAACCCGAAACGCCAACCUCCGACGCUCGAAACAUCGGCUUGGACGAGGAUAUUCCGGAUGACGAGCCGGUGGAGGAGCUACCAAGACCGCCCGGAAGAAAAAGCCGGGCGAAAAAACCCGAGUCCUCGUCGAUGUCUAUGGGAACGGAUAUGAGUCACGCAUUUUCGGAGAUAAACAAGCGGCUUCAAGACAUACACGAACUUGGUAACAAACGUUUGGAGGAGAACGAAAAAGUUACGGAGAUUAUGCGGGAUCGACAAUGGGCUCACGACUUUGACUUCUACUCCAAACCGCAUGACCACUUAACGGGAAAAGCUUUGAAAAUGGCGUUGGCUCAAAAGGAGCGGAUUGAAAAAAAAUAUAAUCUUUGAUUGUGUAAUUUUUUUUUAUGCUAGUUUAAUGUUUUUUUUCUA